GCGCCCUGCCCGGGUACCGCGCGGCCGGGAAGGUGCAGGUGAUGCUCAACAACUAUCCGCUCUGGGCCAAGUUCCACAAGCACCAGACCGAGAUGAUCAUAACCAAGCAGGGCAGGCGCAUGUUCCCCUUCCUCAGCUUCAACCUGUCGGGGCUCAACCCCGUGGCCCACUACAGCGUGUGCGUGGACGUGGUGCUGGUGGAUCAGCACCACUGGCGCUACCAGGGCGGCAAGUGGGUGCAGUGCGGGAAAGCCGAGGGCAACAUGCCAGGGAACCGCCUCUACCUGCACCCGGACUCGCCCAACACGGGCGCGCACUGGAUGCGGCAGGAGGUUUCCUUCGGGAAGCUCAAGCUCACCAACAACAAGGGCGCGUCCAACAACGUGGGGCAGAUGAUCGUGCUGCAGUCGCUGCACAAGUACCAGCCCCGGCUGCACGUGACGGAGGUGAAGGAAGGGGAGGGGGAGGACGGGUACCCCUCCCCGCACACCCACACCUUCGCCUUCCCCGAGACGCAGUUCAUCGCCGUCACAGCCUACCAGAACGCCGACAUCACGCAGCUGAAGAUCGACCACAACCCCUUCGCCAAAGGAUUCCGGGACAACUUUGACUCGAUGUACACGGCCUCGGAGAGCGACCGCCUCACCCCGUCCCCGCCGGAGGGUCCCGGCUGCCAGCAGCUCCUGCCGGCCCCCCGCUUCCAGCCCUUCCUGCCCGAGCAGUACCCGCUGCCCCCCGGGCGCUUCUUCGGGGGGGAGCGGGGGGCUCCCCCUCUGUCCCUGCCCCCCAAAGACCCCCCCCACUGGUACUUCCCCCCGCAGCAGCCCCCCGCCGCCGGGGCGCUGGAGUAUGGCGGCUACGACGGGGGCUACGGGGGGGGCAAACUGGUGCCCUACGGGGUGAAACCCUUCGCCCUGCCGCCCGCCCCGCACCCCCCCCUGCCCUACUACCCCGAGGGGCCGGGGGGCUUCGGGGUGACGGGGGGCUGGAGCCCCGGGCAGUACGGCCCCAAGGGCGGCGCCGGGGCUCUGGGCUGGUACCGGGAGCCCCGCGAGGAGAAGGGCAAGGAGGUGGAGGGCUGGGCCCCCGAGCCCCCCGCCCCCGCCUCGGGGGACUCGUCGGACUCGGGGCUGUACGAGUGCAAGCGGCGGCGGGUGUCCCCGUACCCGUCCAGCGCCGAGAGCUCCCCCCCGCCCCGCAACGGCGACCUCUACGACAAGGACCCGCUCGCCGACGGCGGCUACUACGGCUUCUACGGCAACUGA